AUGUCGAAUUCCGUGAAAUUCACGAAAGCUGGGCCCUUGAGUGCCGGUCAGAAGGUCAGUCAUUCGCAUUCUCAUGGAGGAGGCGUCGAGCACACCCAUGAAGCCAUGGAGAGACCCGGUGAUUUUGUGUCGAGACCAAGAGCGCCGAAAAGGACCAACUUCCGAGAAAGAGCCUUCACCGUAGGCAUCGGGGGACCCGUUGGAUCUGGAAAAACGGCGCUCACCCUCCAACUUUGCCGUCUGCUCCGAGAUCAACUGCAGCUCUGUGUUGUGACAAACGACAUCUUCACGAGGGAAGAUUGGGAGUUUCUCGUAAAAAACGAGGCCCUCCCGGUCGAGAGGAUGCGCGCCGUCGAGACGGGCGGUUGUCCACACGCCGCCAUCAGGGAAGACUACUCGACGAAUAUGGAAGCCAUCAAGGAACUCACGCGGGAGUUCCAGCCAGAUAUGGUGAUCGUGGAGUCGGGUGGCGACAAUCUCGCCGCGAACUUCAGCACGGAGCUCGCGGACUUCAUCAUCUACUGCAUCGACGUCGCGGGUGGGGACAAAAUUCCUCGCAAGGGAGGUCCCGGGAUCACGGAGAGCGACUUGUUAGUCAUCAAUAAAACCGACCUUGCGGAAGCUGUCGGUGCGGAUCUCGGUGUUAUGUCGCGCGAAGCAGGCGUUAUGAGAUCUCAAGGCCCGACAUUGUUCACCCAAGCUAGACACAACAUCGGCAUAUCCGAAGUCGCGGAUCUCAUUGUGGAAUCUUUCAAGCAAAGUGUUGCUCCGUGA